GUGGCGACGCGAAGGUGAAUGGGAGGACAAUGAUUUGUCAGUUUAAUCGGUUGAACGUCACGGCAUAAUUUGCAUCGUUUUCUCAAAAGCAAUUAUAUAAUGAGCCGCGGCGUGCAAUGAUAUCGCGUUCGCGGCCGCUCAGCGAUCGAUGUCACGCGAUGUAUCCGGGGCCGUGAGGCCGGCCGAAAAUGCGAAUGUGCGCGAGACCGCCGGCGGGCCCCGACCGAGUUUGCUGCGCGUCGCAACUAACCUAGAAGGACGCUGCGUCGGCGGCGAUGCACGCAUAAAUAGGCGCGUCGCAUCGCACCCGCGUCGUAAGAUCGUCAUGAAUCGCAUCGUGCCAUUUCAUUGAGAGCGAUGUGCGGAUCUCGCGCGGUCAACGUAGACCACUCGCGCCCCGGAUCGUGCAGUCAGUGAACGCGGGAAUCGUCGCGCGCCUCGCUCGAUCGCUCGCUCGCUCGUGCCAGUCGUACGUCAGCGAUCGCGAGCGCGACGCAUCGGGAAUCCGCCGUGCGAGCGAAUACCACGCAUGGAAAUUUAUCGAUGGCAUAUCGCUCCGCCAGUCCGUCAUGUACGCGUCUGCGAGGAUCAAGUCGCUCGAAUGCCUCUCGGCGAUAGCUACCUCUCGUCUCGACUCUCGACCAGCAAUAGAAAAAAGCAAGAGUAACGACGUUCCGGAGGCAGUUCUGAGCCAUCGGAAGUAACUGCUACCAUGUGCUUGUGACUAAAUAUACUCUCACAUCUGGCGGAAAAUGCUUAGAACUAUUGUACAUCAUUGUGCAACCUGACUGUAUUCAAAAUGCAAGCCAAGAAACGCUACCUAUUGUUGUUCGUAACUUGUGCGUUUCUUGGUUACUGCUACUUCGGCGGAUACCGUUUAAAAAGCGAAAAAUGGACAGGCAGAUCUCAGUUGCCUUACGAGCGAUUGCCUUCAUAUUUAAGUCUAAACGAAGAGUUCUAUGACAAAGAUUUAAAGACAUCCAGUGGGAGCUUGGCAAUGUCUCAGCGUACGAGGCACUGCCGCAUGGAGACCUGCUUCGAUUUCACGAGGUGCAAGCAAGGUUUCACCGUGUACGUGUAUCCAGUCGAGGAUGUGAUAAGUCCAUUAUACCAAAAAAUAUUAAACGUUAUUACCGAAUCGAGAUAUUACACGUCGGACCCGAUGCGGGCAUGUAUAUUCGUCUUAGCCUUGGACACGUUAGAUAGAGACCCCUUAUCCACCGAAUUUGUACACAAUCUUCCUUCGAAACUGCUGCAUCUACCAUACUGGAACAACGGCAGGAACCAUCUGAUAUUCAACUUGUACUCUGGCACCUGGCCCGACUACGCGGAGGAGUCGCUCGCCUUUGACGUGGGCUACGCCAUGCUCGCGAAAGCCAGCAUGUCCAUCUUUCGACACAGACCGGACUUUGACCUGUCGAUACCUCUGUUCGGCAAACAGCACCCGGAACGCGGCGGGGAACCCGGCCAAGCGCUCGAGAACAAUUUUCCCAAUAAUAAGAAGUACGUGGCAGCUUUCAAGGGGAAACGAUACGUGCACGGCAUCGGAUCUGAGACCAGAAACGCUCUCUAUCAUCUACAUAACGGCAAAGAUUUGGUAUUCGUUACGACAUGCCGGCACGGUAAAGCCUGGAAGGUACUUCAGGAUGAACAUUGUCAGCAGGAUAACCAAGAAUAUGAUACGUACGACUAUGAGAUUUUACUGAUGAACGCUACGUUCUGUCUGGUUCCGCGAGGACGACGACUGGGCAGCUUUCGGUUCCUAGAAGCUUUAAGGGCAGGAUGUGUCCCGGUUAUUUUAAGUAACGGUUGGGCCCUUCCCUUUCACGAACGUCUCGACUGGACUCAGGCUGUCAUAUUUUCCGACGAGAGACUGUUACUUCAAAUUCCGGAUAUAGUACGGUCUGUAUCCGAUGUACAAAUUCUGAAACUACGACAACAAACGCAGUUUUUGUGGGAGAGGUAUUUUUCAUCCAUUGAAAAGAUCGUAUUCACGGUGUUUGAGAAUAUUCGCGAGCGAUUGCCAUGGGAAGGCACGCGGGAGAGGAUCAUCUGGAACACCAGUCCCGGAGCAUUGGCGAUUUUGCCGCAGUUUGCCGACAGCCGACAAGAACUUCCCUUUUCGAACAGUAAUCCCGGUAACACCUUCACUGCCAUAAUCUAUUCUCAAUUGGGAUCUACCGCAGUUCUUUAUCGCCUGCUUAAGAGUCUCGCAAAGAGCAAAUACCUAGAUAAGAUAAUACUUAUGUGGAACUCGGAAAUUCCGGUGCCAAGGAAGCCACGUUGGCAGGGUAUCAAGGCGUCGAUCCACGUAGUCGCGGUUGACGGUAUAUCCCAACGUUUCUAUCCUCAUCCGUUAAUCAAAACUAGUGCCAUAUUAUCGCUCGACGAAGACGCCACUCUAAAUACCGACGAGGUCGACUUUGCCUUUACGGUCUGGCGCUCCUUUCCCGAUCGGAUAGUAGGAUACCCAGCGAGAUCUCACUAUUGGGACGACUCAAAGCGUUCGUGGGGCUACACGAGUAAGUGGACGAACGACUACAGCAUCAUUCUCACCGGCGCAGCUUUCUAUCACCGUUAUUACAACACUUUGUACACCGAAUUGUUAAGUUCGACCCUUCACAAAACGGUGGAGCAGUCGCAGAACUGCGAGGACAUACUCAUGAAUUUCCUGGUGAGUCACGUUACUCGGAGACCGCCCAUCAAAGUGACGCAGCGCAAGCUGUACAAAGACACGGUAGCUGGAAUUAGAUCCCCGUGGAACGAUCCCGAUCAUUUCAUACAACGGCAGACGUGUAUGAACACGUUCGUCGCUGUCUUCGGGUAUAUGCCUCUGCUGCGAUCUAACAUGCGCCUGGACCCCGUCCUGUUUAAAGACUCCGUGAGCAAUUUGCGCAAAAAAUAUAGGCAAAUUGAGCUAGUUAGUAACUAGAAUUGUAACCACGUCGCCCGAUUACGCGAAAGCUAUUUAAUUUUUUUUUUUCAAGCGCACCGCGCGCCUCGCUCGCGGAAUCGGCGUCGUGCGAUACAGUGCCAGAUCCGUUCUUUUUAGCGUACUUACUCUGUCCGUGCUUACAAAAACACAAAAAUAUGCAAAUUCGAGAUUUUACGAGGGACAGAAAAAGGGAGUUUGGAAAUGUGCACGUGGUAAGUAUAGCUAGGAAGAACACAACUAUUAUGAUCGCGCGCGAGCUAUGCCAUAUUAGAUUAUUGAUGUCGUCGGGCAAUAAAUCAAAGUCCAUUAUCCAACCGAGGACACUAACGGUGACAUUCUGCAAUUAAUUUGCAAGCAAUUUUGUACAAAUUGUAAAGUCGUAACGAUGCCGUGUUUCCAUUGACCAUAUCUACGCGCGGCUACGACCUGGGAGGCUGCAUUUAAUUAAUGUACAUAUAUAAAUCGUUUCGUAGCCAUUAAUAAAAAGGAGUUAUUUAACAAACACUUGGAUUUCUCACACCGAUCAUUGAAAUCGUAUGAAUCAUUUUGAAAAAAACGAACAAGGAAAAUCAAAUCUCCGACGCGCGCGUGAUUACGUACAGCUUAUACUAAGAUUUUAAAAAAGAAGCAGAGAUAUUGUUUGUACGUGUAACGAUAUUUUUAAUCAUGCGAAUUUGCAGUUUUUCUACCCAAAUAGACAUGUUUCACGUGAUUGCGCCGGAUUUGAGAAACGCUAGAAAUCGGUGAAGUGUAGGAUAGACUUUGUCAAGUGUUUUUUAAUGUUCCGAGACAUAAUGGAAUCGUCGAUCCCUUUUUUAUCAAAUAAUUUUAACGCCAUAAGAUUUUUGACGCCGCGUUAUUACCUCUUUUUCUUAUUUUAGAGAGAAUUUCUAUGGUUUAUACAUACUCAGACUUGAUCAAUCAGUGACUUUAUAUUCAACUUAUAUUCGACAAGAAGGGAUAUUGUUUUAUACAUAAUAUUUAGCAUGUAUCGCCACACGCUUUCACAUUGUUUAUUUUAUCAUCACCUGUUAAAGAUUGUUAAUACACGCGUGCAUUUUAAAUCUCGUUGCGUUUAGUUGUCUAUUCGAUAUGUAUUUGAAUACUGCCGAGUUCUCAGGAACAUUUAAAAGAGAAAAAAACAAAUUCCUUUAUUAUACAGAGGCAUCGCAACAAUAUCUAGUCGUUUACACCGAUAUACGCUGUUAUACGAUGGGCGAAUGGGUGUGAAUGGGAGAAUAAUAUAUAAUCCCUCAGUUAUAGAAGGACUGUAAUAUGGCAUCUCUGUGUUCGUCUACGCAUUUUCGGAGACGGAAAAUAUCUGUAUGUGAUAUGUUUUCAAUUAUUGUGUGUUUCAUGAUAGGAAGAGUAUUAAAAAAGCUCUAUAAUUUUUAUGAAUAAUAUAUUUCUGCGAUUUAAGAAACAUAUGCAUGCGUUAAAAUCAAAAGCGACUGUCUGCAAGUCACCUAAAGUUCUUAUUAUCCUUGUUACCCGCGAUCGUAACAAUCACUCAUUAAUUUCAACGAUUGAUCUAAGAUUUAAAGUUUAUCUUCGGUUUGCGUCGAUUGAUAAAUAUUUGUAAAUUAGUAUCUAGAUGUAUAUAAAAUCCGAUAGAGUAAUCUCCAUUCUUUGAAAUCUCGGCGAACAAUCCGAUACAAAUGUGAUCGUUGCUGAACUGGUCACUGAAAGCGAGCAUAAUAUGCGUAGAAAAAAAAAGUUGUACAGUGGCCAGAAAUAUUUUCAUCUAUUUGAUAUGAAACGACAAUUUCCGAUCUGUUAAAUACUUUCCAUAUAAUCAUAUUGCGUAAAAAGAAUGUAAUGUAAUAAGAUAGUUUUAGUCAUUUUAUAUGGGAAAAGAAAUAAACUGUUUUGUACGAAA